AGAAGAAAUGCUAUGUUUAGUGAUGGGAAGCCAAGAACAGAGACGGACAGAGCAUGAAUCAAGUGCCACCUUUGAAGUAAGCCUCAAAGAAUAGGCAGACAUACAUGGAGCCCCCAGCCAUCCAGUCUCAAGCUUCUCUGGAGUCUGCUAUGACUACUUCAGCUCCUACCUCUCUGCCCAGAGACCGAAGCCUCUGUGCGCUAUCUUCAUAGAAGCUGGCCUCUGCCAUUGUCCCCAGUUACGAUGGCUUCCAGACUGAAACGCCCCUAGGUGACAUCAGCCAGCAAGGUACUGCGUUUCCAAAAGAAAUAGAAGACUCGUGGUUGCCUAUUAUUGUCUCAAUGAGAAAUAAACAGCCUAAGAACAGUGAUGUGAACCAAGGACCUGGUGGGCACUGGUCUAACCCUCCAAGCUCCUCUUUCCUGGAGAAGCCAGUAAUGACCACUGCUAACUAAGAGGCCAGCUUUGGUGUCCGUUUUGAAGCUGAUCCGGUGCCUCCCUUAAUGGUUUAUUUCUUCUCUGAGAUCGGAUCAGCACAUUUUGCUUGAAGAUCCCUGUGCAACAACCAUCUCAAGACGUGCAGGAUCUUUUCUUCUUUCCACGUACUCCCUUUACUGUUUUAUAUAAUUUUUUCCCUCUCCCAUUUCCUAAUCUCCAUCUUAUAUGAAGCAACACGGAGUCUGGGCGUGAACACAGACAAAAUCAGAGUGCCUAUUCCUAGAGCAUCUCUUCCAAGCCAGCCGCCAUCACUGCUUUUCUUUUCCCAACUGCAUCCCUUCUCGUUCCCACGGCAACCGGCAGGGCCGCCCACGUGUGGACUCAGGACCCCCGGGGCCGCAGCCCCGCCCCACCCCCACGAUCCACGUUCCCUCGCGACUAGCGGCACAAGCUCCGCGCGAGGAGGGAGGCCCGGUUGCCAAGGAAACGGGAGGACGCCAGGCAGCCGCCCCCACCGUCUCCACCCCGAAAAAGGCCGGAGGCCGCGGCGGACAGCUGCCUCCAGGGAGGAGAAGGAAGAGGGGCCGCUAGAGGGAGGAAGACGUGAGGCGUAGGGGAGGAAGAGGAGCCCAGGACCGGCCCCACGCACGAUUGAUGGGCGGCUCUUCUGCUGUGGGCCUACCCACCCGCUCCGCCACGCAGUCCCUUUAGCCCCUAGUGAGGGGCGAAAGUGCUGAUCCCCAAGCAUGGCGUUUCACACGGAUUUCUAAAAACAAAAGCUUGGUCCAGUGCUUUGUCACCAGAGGCUUACAACAGAGGUACGCAUGAUCAUGCGUGAUUUUCAGAACAAGAAGCAGUUCAAAGGAGCAGCAGGGGGUCCAUCUUUCUGUUUUUAACCACAUCGUUUUUUUCUGAAAAAAGGGGGAACAGACUUCAUUCUAUGCAGAUCAGGAACUAAGAACCAUGUUGCAUGAAGCAAGGGACAGGCAGAAGUUCGUCAGCGACGUUCAGUAUCUACGGGACAUGCAGCAUAAGGUGGACUCAGAAUAUCAGGCUUGUUUGAAACGACAGGAACACAAGAAAGAACCAAACGAGAAGAAGCAGGAGCAGCUGUGGGGGAAAGACACAAGUGACAGGUCCCGGUUCUCAAGCGGGUCGUCGUGCAAACAGAGUUCCGGUGAGGAGGAUUCCUUAAGCGAAGCAAGAUUAGCUACCAAAGCACCUACAGCUAAGUGUGAGCCCAAACUUCCAGCCAUUGAUCAAACAUCUGUCAAGCAGAAACACAAAGGCACCAUGACACUAAAGAAGCCAGAGAAAGUGAGCCCCAGCAAACCCUCUGCAGUGGCACAAGCAACAAAGAUUUUAUCAAGGAAGAGGAGACCAAACCUGGGGAGGUUGACAGUGAGCCCAGAAAUGCACAGCCCAAGACUAUCUGGGGAGAGAAGCAGGCAGAAAGCACAGCUGUCCACAAAGACAUCAGGACUCCUGGGAGCAGACCCCGUUGUCCAACAAGACAGUCUGCUGAGUGCAAAUGAGAUGAAGCUAAAGAGGCCAGCUCGAGAGAAAAGAAACUUAGCCCCAUCCUCACAGCUCGUGAGAGUGGCCGGGAAAGCCCCCCUCGAGAGACAGAAAAAAGGAGACCCCAGUGCUCGUCCCCAGAACGAGCCCCACACUGCCCUCUCGCAGACCUUCCAGCCAAUGAGUGGUUCUCAAGUGCUGACUGAGUCCUCGGUGCCUCCAUUCCUCCCCGCCACCGUGGUAGGACCAAGAAGGGCACCGUUUAGGUUCCACGACGAAGAUUUUUAUUCUGCAUUAUCAUUAAACAAUGAACAAGAGAACUAUGACACGGAAGAGGAGACUCGCACGGAAGAGGAGCUCCUGCUGGCUGGGAUGCGCUCUCCUCCCAGCUACAAAAGAAGCCGCUUUCUUGGGACAUCAGCUGCUCAGAAUAGAAAUGUGGAGGAAAAUGCUGAAAAUCUCAGAGGAAAUUCUUUAAGACGGAGUGAGCCCAACCCUGGAUCUCCAAGAAAAACCAGUGUCACGGAGCCAACAACAAAGCAGUCUUCUCCCGGGCAAAGGAUGCUCCAAGAUACCAGGCUACCCAGGGAGUUGGCUAAAGACAACCCCAGUGGAGACCAGGAUGAGAAGACCCCUGUACCAGGGGACGCCAAAUCUGAUGGUGUCACCCAAGUCAGUGCCGAAGAUGUGUCCAACAAUUGUGCCGUGGAAGACAGGUCCGCUGUUCACAAUUGCGAGAGAGACUGGCAACGUUACCUAAGUGGUUCCAGGAACUCGUUCGACUGCUUACUUUCUGGGAGACCCACAGCUCCAAGAGCGUCCGUGAAUCCAUCCUACAAUGCUCACGGGUCACUGUUCCACUCUGCUGUGAUAGAUGACAUCCCAGCAAGCUUGUCCGUGUCAUCUAUCCUAGUUCCAAGUGCAGAGCUGGAGGAAAACCUAAGGUUCAAUGUACGCCGGCCACUCUCACCUAUCAGAAACAGAAAUCCGUCGGCCGCCUCGGAGAGCCACAGUGAGGACACCCAGGGAGAAGAGGAGAGGGCUUCGACUAGUCAAGCUCAGGAGUCUCCACUCCUGUCAGAUCUACCAAAUCCACAAAGCAGCAUGGCCUUGGGGGACUCCCCUAGCUCUCCUACAAGAAGACAUUUACAAGGCCAUUUCUACAUGCCUGGGUCCCUGCAAGAAAAUAUACCUUUUACUUUCUUUGCGGUGUCUGAUUUUGCAAGUCAGAAUGAUAACGGGACCAGCGUUAGAGUCUCUGGUGUCAUGGAUGAAAAGGCCACAGAAAUAAAGGCAGACCCUGAGAAACUCAGGAAAUUGCAAGAAAGUCUCCUGGAGGAGGACUCGGAGGAGGAGGGAGACUUGUGUCGGAUCUGUCAGAUAGCGGGGGGUUCCCCAGCCAACCCCCUCCUGGAGCCUUGUGGCUGUGUGGGAAGUCUGCAGUUUGUUCACCAAGAGUGCCUGAAAAAGUGGCUGAAAGUGAAAAUAACAUCAGGGGCAGAUCUAAGCACUGUAAAGACCUGUGAGAUGUGUAAGCAAGGCCUACUGGUCGACCUGGAUGACUUCAACAUGACCGAAUUCUACCACAAGCACCAGCAAUCCCGGGCACAGAGUGAGCUGAUGAACUCAGGCUUGUACCUGGUGCUGCUGCUCCACCUGUAUGAGCAGAGGUUCGCAGAACUCAUGACCCUCAACUACAGGCGGGCUUCCAGAGAGAGGAUGUCAAGAAAUUACCCACAACCCAGACCGGAAGAAAGCGAAAGUUCCGAGUCUGGAGAUGGCAAUGAAAGCAACGUUUACCCAGGCCGGGUCAUCUAGCAAGGGAGCUGGUCGUGGAGUGCGACAGAGACCUCUCCACCCAGAAGCCCUUUACGUGUCCCCCAGUGCCUCCCUUCUUCCCUCCUCUUUACUGAAACUGAAGCCAAUGUGUUCGCAGUUACCAUUUUCACCCGUGCCACUCCUUUUGGGGGUCUGGCUUGAGCAUCCAUGGGCAGCCACAGGGACCUUCCCAGCCAGCACAGGCAAAACAGCCGAGCCCCCAGUGUGCUGCCCUGCUGCUGCCCCUCAGCCCAGAAGCCUGGGCUCCCAGUGCUGAGGCCCUCUGUUCAGGCCUCAGCCCACCCUGAGUCGAGUGGAGCCAUGCAUUCAGUAAACUGACUUUAUUCUCCCA